AUGCUGUGGUAUAUUCUUUAUCCGCUUAGAGGCACGACCGAGGCUCCUGUCCUUUCUCCUUCACAUCCUCUUCGGAAGCUAUUCUCACGCUACGGCAUUUGGGCUACCCAUCAUGUCAAGAUUGUGUUGCCCUUGUCGGGCGCAGUCAUGUUUUUCUUUCUCUAUAUGUUUCCGUUUCUCUACACCACCGACGCCACCAAUAUCACGAACGGUGUUUCACAUCUCCCCCACCAUGUCUGGACGGACGCCCAACCACUGAGGGACGGGGCCAAUGUUGAACCCGAUGUGAUCAUGCGCUCGAUCUGGGUGCAUGGGAGCUACAUGAAAGCGCUCGAGCCGGACGUCCUCCAGGGUGCUCUAGAAUUGCAGGAUGAAAUACUAGGGCCUACAACCAACUUUAGGCCCCGUGAAAACUUCCAUGGUUGGCCGACAGACCUCGAACCGAACGUCAACCUCGAUCGCGAACAACGAGACGCAUUCCACAUCACCAAUGGACUAACAAGUCAGUCCUGGUUCUUCCACUCCGCCUUGCAGUACUGGGACGGGUCCGCCGCAAAGAUUGCAGCCGACCCUAGCCUUGUCGCUACCGUCAACGAACGCAAGGCCCAGUCAACUCUUGUCAAUACCACUCUGCGCCACUCGAUCGUGUUCAGCGGGAAGCGAUUCGAAGAGCGCCGACUUGUUGCUGCGGAUGCCGUCGUCAUUACCUUACUGCACCUCGCAGACUCUCCCGUGGGGAGGCAGUGGACAAGGAAGGUUGAGGCUCAAGCUAGAAGCAAAAGGCCGGACGCCAAAUGGGACACCAUCCCACCCGGGGGAGAGAGCGCCUCGAAUCAGCUCUAUCUCUUCCGGUUUCAGCCCAUGUCAUCAUAUGACUGGGUGAUGCUGACGCUGGCCUAUUCCUUGACCCUAUCCCACUUGGCCUUGCGCCUAUCCAAGUUGCGCGCCAUCAAGUCGAGAGUCGGCCUGACCAUCACCAUCAUCGCUCAGAUCGUGGGCUCGAUCCUCUCCAGUUUUACCGUCUGCGCCAUCCUCGAGAUCGAUUUGUCCCGCGUUCCCCACUAUGCCUACCCUCUCGUGGUCCUUGCCAUCAGCCUAGAGAAUUCGUUCCGCUUGAUCAACGCUGUUAUUAUCACAUCGUCCACCAUCAACCUCAGCGACAGGAUAGGUGAUGCCUUUGGCGCAACGGCCCAUAUUGCCAUCGCUAACCGUGUUCAAAAUAUACUUGUUCUGUAUGGUCUAUCCAAGGUCACGGCCGACGGCGUCUCAGCCUUCUGCACCUUCGCCGCCAUUGCCACAUUUUUCGAUUUCUUCUAUCUGUCCACCUUCUUCCUUACCGUCAUCAGCGUCGAUGUCCGGCAAAGAGAACUCAUUGAACUAGAAAAGGCGUCGUUGCAGAAGAAGAAGAAACACACAUACGGCGAUCCACCCAAACAGUCCUGGCUCAGCCGCAUGUACCCCAUUCGUUGGGGCGAUACGACUAUGUCGACUAGGAUUGCGAGCACAAUUGUUGCCGUCGGCUUCGUCUUCAUUGCGCAAGCCCACUACGCCCCGGAGGGCAGCCGCCCGUGGCUGAACCAGCUCCUCACCCUCUCGUGGAGAGCAGGCACUCACGCCUCGGGUUCGUCACUCUUGGUCGACAUUCAUCAGGCCAGGAGCCCGCCCUCCUGGCUUCGUCUGCAGGACCACGAGACGGCCCGGGAGGUCAUCAAGGUCAUUAAGCCGGCCACCGCCCAUAGCUACGUGGCUCGCGUCUACGAUCCUGUGGUGUUUGUCAUGAAGGGAGCUAACCGCAACCCGGACACAAAAGAACCUUUGUUUCUGCCUGCCAUCUACGACUUUAUUCACCACCAAAUUCCCCUGUUCAUGGUAUCACUGAUCACUGUGCUGUUAGCACUACGCCUCUUUACCCAUUUUCUGAUCAAAGGCCGAUUCGGAGGAGACGAGGAUCCCAAUCAUCCCGAUGACGAGCCCUUACUGUCUGUCCGGUCUUUGGUAAAAGGGCAUACCCUCGACGUCGCUAUGCUGACGGCAUCGCCCAAUGGCCACCUGGUCUCCGCCGGUCUCGACCGCAAUAUUCAGAUCUGGGAUGUGCCGUCUAGUUCCCGAACCCGGGUCCUGUCUGACGCCGACGUACCACUGGCAAAUCCGUUCCCCGUGCUGAGCAUGGCCCUCGAUGACAGCGCCAGGUGGCUGGCGUUGAUCUCGUGGCAGAAGGUUUUCGUGUGGGAUAUCGAGCACCAGCAGUGGGUCGGGAACCAAAACGUCGAACUGGGCGGCCACAGGCCAGAAACCGCGUUCUUUACCGCGAGAAACCAAGGUUCAACACCCUCACUAGUCCUAGUCAAGAAGAAUGGCUUGGCUGUGGAGAUACAACUGGAUGGAAUGGCGGCUCGGGGCUUUGUGAUUUGCAAAACACCUCUAGUCUGGGCGGUGUCUUUUGCAGAAAAGUAUAACCCACAACAGAAACAGACCGCCCCAGUCUCCAUCCUUACGGCUUCUCGUAGAGGCUGCAUACACAUUGUCCGAUACCAGAGCGGCGAAUGGAUCUCCUCGGAGAUGAAACUCCACGGAGAGUCGGGGGCCAAAGAUGUCCAUUGUCUAGUCCCGAUUCCUACUUUGUCCCAGUUCCUGAUCGGCCGAUCCCAAAUCAUCCACACAUUUCAGACAGAAACGAUGCAACCGCGGUCGCUGAAGCAAAUCUCAUUAAACCGGGGACAUCAAUCGGGCGCUGAGGAUGGCGACCUAAUCGUUCACAGCUGCCUCACCGAAGACGCCAAAAACAACAGUACAUCUCCCAACACACCAACCGAAGACCCGUCUGCCCAAACCUGGAAGGAGACAACUCGGCGCAUUCCCAACCCGGGUGUCUGGGAAGCCCUCCCGCUGGGCAGCAUCGUCGGGGUCCAUAAAAAGCGAAGCCCCUGCACUCCCCGCGCCUCAACCCCAUCCCCGGCCAGCGGACUCCGCAAACGAUCCCCCAGCUCUUCAGCCUCUGCCUCAACAAACGGUGCCCUCGCGAACCAACCGCUCCCCACGCCCAGCUGGGAAGCGUGGGUCUUCAACCUCCGCCCCAACACCAAAUUCGAGUUCGAGUCCCGGUCGCUUGACAACGACGACCGAGACACCACAGGCUUGCACUCACAUCUAAUGAUCUCUGAGCUGGGGCCCAUGGCCCGUCUUGGCGCGACGAGUGUGGCCGUCGGCCUAGGAGAUGUCGUCAAGGUGGUGAGCGUGGGACAUGAGUAUUUUGAUGGUGGCGGGUCGGAUGCGCUAGCGAGCGAGGGUCUGCAGGUGCCGCUGCAGCAGGUCAUGGGGGUCGGGGCAAGGCGGAAGAAGGGGAGUGGUGGUUCGGCUGGGUUAAUAGCGAGUCGGAGUCCCGUUCCGGGGAUUAGAGGGAGUGGGAGUAGUCCCGUUCCGGGGAUUAGAGGGAGUGGGAGUAGUGGGAGUAGUAGUGUUAUUAGUAGUGGGAGUAGUGAGAGGAAGGAGAGUAGUCCGGCUUUACGAGUGUCGGGGAAUGGUGUGUAA